GCCCGAGGCCCGCCCCUUCCUGGUUUAGACUCUUCCUGUCUCACAGGUAUGUGCUUGCUAGCAAGUGUGUAUCAACGUGUGUGUUUGUGGUAACUAGCGUUAUUUGAAUUAUAGUUUCCAACGUGUAAUCGUUCCAUGUGGCUCGGCGACUGCUUUUAAACAUGAACCCGCCGUAAUCCCGUGCCUUCUUGCCGGUUUGAUGUCCAUUUGCCUGUGUGGCUGGACUUGUGGUCGAAACGACAAUAUUAAGGUAUGUGUAGCUAUCUCUGCUGAGGUUUGUGGUGUUUGGUGGGAUGAAUAAAUGUUCUACUUAAUCCUUUUUUUAGGUGGAAUAGUUUUAAGAGGAGUCAUUCAGCGCGGCCUGCGGGGCAACGUACUUUGAUGCUGCUGCUUUGUUUUUACUCUGCUUUGCUUUAUUUAACUUUGUAUGCUUUUUGUUUUACUUAACUUUGUCUGCUUUGCUAGCUUUUGCUUGCUUUGUUUGCUUUGCUAGCUUUAUGCUUGUUUGCUCUGUUUAUGCUUUUGUUUCUUGCUUUUGUUUUACUUUACUUUGUUUGUUUAGGAACCGAGGCUUCAGGCAGACACCUAGUUGGCCUUCGCGUGCAGUGGUGGGACUCUAUCACAGGGUGCAGUGUGUUCACGCUUGGUCUUACCGUGUUUGUGUGAGUGUGUGUGUGUGGUGCGUUUUGUGCACUUGGCGUUAUGCUCCUGGCGAUAUAGUAGCCGCAUACUCAUUAAGCUAGUUUACCUGCUUUAGGUAAGCCUCGGUUUCCUUUUUGUUUUUAUGCCUAUUUUAUUCCAGCCCAUAGUCAUGUUUUAAAAGUAAUACCCAUAUUUAUUGUGAAAUAAAACAUUUUUUUGUAUCUUUGGUAUCCACGUCUCUUGCCUCUGUUUAUUGAAACCACGUACCUGUGUCUUUUGUAGAUGAUUAAUCUAUAAUAGUGUUCCCUGUUAACAGGGUGGCGUAGUCAGCUGAGUUAUAGUUUCUGUCUAAUUAACGUCCCGCCACACUUGCAUGUGCAAGUUAAAAAGUGCGGCUUAGGCCAGGUUUAAUCAUUAUUAAUAGUAGACAAGGUUUCUUCCUUAUUCCAUCUAAGGGAGUUUUUCCUUUACCACAGUCUCCACCAGCUUGUUCAUCAGGGACAAACUUACACUUAUAAAGAACAAACUUAUUCAUUUUUAUCUCCACAUUAUCUGUGUAAAGCUGAUCUGAGACAAUGUUCAUUGUUAGAAGCGCAACACAGAUAAACAUUCUGCAAAGUAUUAGGUAAGGAAAUCAGGUAAGAACAAUCGAGCAAAUUGGCAGGUUUUGAAUGUAAACAACCAAAGCAAGAAUGAAAGUUAGAAGUAUGGUAGGCAAAGGUCAGGUCAUACUGAAGUUCUGGUUGAAGCUUUGCAGUAGACACCACCCUCUCUGCUUUUAAAGGAAGUGUUGCAGGAGACUUCCUCUUCAUCUCCAGCAAUCUUCUCAGGUUGGAAAGAAAACACAAUGUGAUGUUACGUAGGUGACCCUAAAAGAUCACAUCAAUGAUGAAGGUUUUUUAAAGGAACUAAUAGCAAGGUUUAGUUUGUGGAUUUGUGUAUAUGCAGUUUCUUUGCAGUUCUUGUGGGUUGCACAGUGUUUUCUGCUACAGCUUGUUCUUGGUACCAGAUCCUCUGAGCUGAUUUUGCUAUGCAUCAGCAAUGUUCUCCACUAGUCAAUCGGUUCUGCUGGUUCUACUGGUGAUCACCUGCUUUCAUUACUAUGCAGAAUGUGAUGAUGAACUCAUGGACGAUUUUUGUUUAAACACGGAUACACCUGUAUACAUGGAUUCCUCAACAGUGCAAAGUCAAGAAAUCUUGACAACCUUCUCUAUUUUAGCUACAACAAAUCCAGAUCAACAGGAUCAAACAGAACAUCUACACACUCUACAAACACAUAGAGGUUCAGGAGUGAAUGAAGCGGCGGGUUUGUGCUGUUUUGAGUUUCAUAAAACAUCAAUUGCUGCAGCGUACAUCGUCUCUGUGGAAGAAACAAGAUCUGACUGCACACUUCCUGGAGUCAUUCUUACAACAAAAAAGGGAUCACGGAUGUGUGUAGAUCCUGAGGUGGAUUGGGUGAAGCAGAUCAUCAGUCCAACUCCCCAAACAGAGUUUUCAGCCUGCCCUAUUAUGACUUGAUCCUGCCUCCACAUUGAUGACAUCAUGACUGGUGCUCCUAUUUCAGGAAGAAGAAGAGACACAAUUGGGGAGGGUUGUUGUAAUGUUGACUGUUGUGUUAUCGGUGGUCAUUGUGAUCAUUGUGAUCGGAUUAGUUUGGUAACUGUUGAGAAAUGUAGCUUUAUUUAGCUUAAUUUAGCUUUAAAGCGAAGACUUAGUAUUUAAAGAGUUCAGGUAUGAAAACCUCGCUUAAAGACACUCAGAUGUAAGUUGUGUAAAACAGAGCAGUUUAUUGAUGAUUAUAUAUGAGUGUACAGGAAACUGUAUUAGAGGUAAGAGAGAGAGUCUGCAUAAAGUGAUACAGGCUGUUUCAAGACAUCUGUUAUAAUGUUUUAUAAUAACAUUAUAUAUGUUGUACAGCUGGUGAGCCUCCUCUCAAUAUUAUUAAC